AAAAGAACCACUGAAUUUUCAACAAAUUGUACGCUUAAAGAUGGAAGCCUUAUAGAUGCAAUCGAUGCAAGCAUUUCUCCUGAUCCAGUGAUUUCUGGACAAGAUGUUACUUUUAGUGUUUCCGGAAAAUUAAGUCAUGAUAUUCCAGAUGGAGGGCUGAUUUUUAUUGCUGGAAGUUCAUUUAAUGCAAAUCCCAUACUUGAGGCACCAGCUGAUUUACCAAGUAAAUACUCUAUUCAAGUUUUAGUUGUGAACAUGGUUGAUAUCGAUCUAUCAAAGGAUAUUAUAGGUUGUAUAACUGCAUAUGUUGGUUCUAAUGGUCCUUCUAAUAAAAAUUUUAUUGAAAAUGACUUAUUGACCGUUAGCUAA